GCUUACUUUUCCAUCCAUCUAGUUCUAAAAAUGACUAGUAUUGACAUGAAGUAGAGUUAUAGCACAUCAAAUUAUAGCGUAAUUAAGGUAGAACUGAAGAAGCCUUGAUUAAAAGAUCCAGAAUCUUGCAGCAGGCCAUUUUUGUUUAUCUUUUCACAUGUUAAGUAGAGUGACCAAAAAACUGCGCCAGCUCUGCUCAAGAAUAAGGUGGCUGAUAUGGAAACGUCCAAAGCCAAAAGUUAUUAUAAGAAGGUUUGGAAAAACCACGAAAGACCGAUGCAAAUGGAGACCUGGAAUCCAUAAAUCUUCUUCUGUUUAUCGAAAUGGCGAACUUGAUCAGUCUUCUUCUGAUUGUGAAAGACCAAUUCGAAUUGCCACAUUCAAUGUUGCCAUGUUCUCUCUUGCACCUGCAGUUCCAAAGACUGAGGAAGCAGUCAUUCUGGGGCAAGAACAUGAAGAAUUUAUGAUGUUUAAGAACUCAAUGGAGAUGGAUGCUAAGGUCAAGUCUUUGAACUGUCAUCCCAAGAGUAUACUAAAGCAGUCUCCUUUGCAUACCAGCCUGCAGACAAGUCCAGAGCAGCUACCGCAGCAAAAAAAAGUUUCGAUUAACCUUCCUCAUAAUGAGAUUUCAUUAGCACAGAGUAAAUUACUUAGCUUUAUAGAAGAUGAAAAAGUGGAAUCAUCAAAUAUUAUUGCCAGCAGAAAUUACAGAAGCAGUGUUGUGUUGAGGUCUCCUGUGUGUUUGCCUGCAAAUUUUUUAACUCAAUUUACAGGUGAAGAGAAGUCGAAAAACAGCAGAAGCAUAUUGGAAGUGCUUAAAGAAGUAGAUGCUGAUAUUUUGGCCCUGCAAGAUGUUAAGGCACAGGAAGAGAAAGGCAUGAGGCCUUUAUCUGAUUUGGCCGCUUUAUUGGGAAUGAAAUAUGUGUUUGCUGAAAGCUGGGCACCAGAAUAUGGAAAUGCAAUUUUAUCAAAGUGGCCAAUUAAGAGAUGGAAAGUUCAAAAAAUUGCCAAUGAUGAAGAUUUCAGGAAUGUACUGAAGGCUACAAUUAAUGUUCCCUGGGCAGGAGAAUUAGACUUCUAUUGUACACAGCUUGACCAUUUAGAUGAAAAUUGGAGAAUGAAGCAGAUAAAUUCAAUAAUGCAAACAAGCAACUCUCCUCACAUAUUAGCAGGAGGUAUUAACUCUUUGACAGGAUCAGAUUACUCUCCAGAGAGAUGGAUGGACAUUGUCAAGUACUAUGAGGACAUUGGAAAGCCAAGGCCAAAAAUCGAAGUAACCAACUUUCUAAAAGGAAAAGAGUACAUAGAUGCAAAGGAUUUUGCAGGGGAAUGUGAACCAGUAGUCAUGAUUGCCAAAGGCCAAAUAGAUGUUCAAGGAACGUGCAAGUAUGGCACAAGAGUAGAUUACGUUUUGGCAUCAGCAGACUUGUCGUAUAAAUUUGUUCCAGGAUCUUAUUCUGUCGUUUCAUCAAAAGGCACCUCUGAUCAUCAUAUAGUUAAAGCUGAGAUCGUAAAAGUAAGUGAAGGUUAUCAAAGGAAUGCAAUUAGAAAAAUCCAGAAAGCAAAGCAGAAAGUUGUUAGGAUAACAAAUCCUUGGCCUUGUAAAGCUAUAUGGAAGUUAAACACCUGAAAGCUUCUUCUUAGAUAAACAUUAUAUUUAAUUAUUACUGUCUCUAAUGAAAAUGGUUUAUCGUUAAAUGCAUUAAUUUGUAAAUUACAAUAUUUUUGACAUGAGAAAGUGUGUCAGAUAGAGAUUAAUAUGUGAUAAAGGUUCAUAUUGCU